AUGCAUAUUUCGAGAAUCAGAAUUUGGCAUAUCAUCAGUCGUACUCAUCAAAUUUCAACCAGAUCAUUCCACAUCGAAGCCAGAAGUCACAGAAGUCAUUCAAUCAAGAAUUCACUACUAGAACCAGGCAGGUCAUCAUCGAUCAGCAACCUGACUGUUAAGCUAAGGUCAUUUAUUAUCGGAAGUAGUCUUCUCUACUUCCUUUAUCAGGUUGAUCAGGUUCAAAAUACAUCAAUUGCACAACCUAAAAAUAGCGAACAUAAUCAGCAAGACGAAGAUCUUAGUGUCCUGGAAAGUAGUGCAGAAAUCCCAGAAUUAUCGACAUGGGGAAUAUCUGCGACAAGGCUUUCUUUCUUUUCCACAGAUAAUUCAAAUAUCGACUCUGUAAAAAGCACAAUAGUUGAAUAUGUGCUUCCAGCAUGGGCCAUAUCUCUUCCUGCGCAUUUAAGCAAGCUCCAGAAGGAGCUAUCAAUGGCACCUGGAUCAUUGGCAGAUGAAUUAUGGAAAGCAGCACAGGAUCCUUAUCUUCAUCCAGAAAUCAAUAAAGAUGCUCGUGUACGAGUUUCCUCCGAUCUCUGUGAGGAAGAAAAGAAUUAUUUGAAGCGGAGAAAAAUUUUCACAAAAAAUGCUCUAGCUAGUUAUCUUCAAAUACCCCAGGAGGAGGUACACGUCGAUGAUGUGCCAACAAUUGCAAUUGUUAGCUCUGGUGGGGGUCUCAGGGCACUAGUCUCGGGGACAGGCUCCUUGUUAGCUACCAAGAGAGACGGCCUCUUCGACUGCACUGCAUAUACGGCCGGAGUUUCUGGCUCGUGCUGGCUACAAGCUCUUUUCAACUCUUCACUCACUAACCAAAGUUUUGAAAAUGUAAUUAGACACCUUAAGGCACGUAUUGGAGUACAUAUAGCUUAUCCGCUAGAUGCGUUGACAACGCUUAACACGGCCCCUACUAACAGAUAUCUUCUGAGUGGCAUUAUUGAAAAGCUUUAUGGUGAUCCAAACUCUAACAUUGGGCUGGUUGAUGUAUAUGGGCUACUAUUAGGCGCCAGACUGCUAGUCCCAAAGGGAAAUUUGGCUGUCAAUGACGCAGAUCUAAAGAUAUCAAGCCAGCGAAAAUUCAUCGACCAUGGCCACUAUCCAAUGCCUAUCUAUACUGCUGUGCGUCAUCAUAUACCGGCUUCAAAAGAUUCCUCAAUUAUGGAGAAGUUUACCAAUAAUUUUUCUGAAAGAGUGAGCUCAAAAGCAGACAAAGAAGCCUGGUUUCAAUGGUUCGAGGUUUCACCUUACGAGGUUUUUUGUGAAGAGUUUGGCGCUGGAAUUCCAACCUGGUCGAUUGGCCGUAAAUUUGAGGGUGGUAUCAACGUUCCUCAUGAUGAAAGUGGAAUACAGCUGCCAGAGUUACGCUUAACAUUAUUACUUGGUAUUUUUGGAAGUGCUUUCUGUGCAACAUUAUCUCAUUACUAUAAGGAAAUUAGACCCCUUGUCAGUGGUCUUACUGGGUUUGGAAGCCUAGACGAAAUGAUUGUGGACAAAAACGAACACAUGAGUAAAGUCCACCCAAUCAAUCCUUCAUCAAUACCAAAUUAUACGUACAAAAUGAAUGAUGUACUACCUGAAACAGUACCAGAAGAAGUCUACCAAGCUAGAUAUAUACAACUGAUGGAUGCUGGAAUGUCAAAUAAUUUACCUAUAUACCCACUUCUUCGACCCGGCCGGGAUGUAGAUGUAUUAAUAGCAUUUGAUGCUUCAGCUGAUGUAAAGACUGAAAAUUGGCUUUCAGUAGCAGAAGGGUAUGCGCGUCAACGUGGCAUUAAAGGUUGGCCAGUGGGGGCUGGGUGGCCAAAACCUAGUGAUUCAUCAGAAACAGCAAUCAGAAAGCUUGAGAAAGCUGAAGCGAGUACAGCAGUAGAGGCAGAGGUAAAACUCGAAGCAGCUAAAAAUGAAGAUGAAAAACUCGCAAAACGCCAUCAACCUAGAGGUGAGCAAGAAUUAACAAAUAAUCACGAUAGUAACAGUGAGCUUGGCCACUGCACCAUCUGGGUUGGAAGAAUGGAAGAACGCUCCUCUUCUGCCGAUAUGGUCAAAUCAAAAGCAGUUGAGGAAGACUGGGAGUUGAUGGAGCCAAACUCUGGAAUUACAAUCAUAUACUUCCCAUUCUUGAGCAAUCCAAGAAUCGAGAAGGUAGAUCCAGCUACAAGUGAGUACAUGUCUACAUGGAAUUUUGUUUACACAUCCAGUGAGAUUGAUAAUGUUGUUGCCCUCGCUCAGGCUAAUUUCGACGAGGGAAAGGAGAGAACAAGAAGAUGUAUUAGAGCAGUCUAUGAGCGUAAGAAGAAACAACGUGAGGAGAGGGAAACUGCCCAAAAAAACCUGAGAAGAAGAAGAAAGGUGAGACUUGGAACUGUUGGAAAGAAAGGAGAGGGCGAUCACUUUUAUCUUACAUAA